CGUUUUCACUGUAGGAGAGCUACACCUGAACGGCGUCCCAAGAUUUUUAAUAGGGGUUUGUCGUAGAGAGUUCAUUCUUUUUUUGUUUAAAAGAGGAAAAGAAACUACAUCGACUGACCGGCGUCGAGUUUUGAAUUAGGUCUUAGUUUUUUGUCGAACGGAGGAUUUUUAGAAAAUCCGGAAGGCUUUUUCGGAUUUUGGAGGUUGUUGGUUGCCUGGAAAAUCAAUAAAGGCUUAAUUAAAAAAUCGGCGCCGGUCAGUCGAUGUAGUUAGGUGUCUAGUUUAAAAUAAAACAAACCCGAACUCUCCAGCUUGAAGUAUAUUAAAAAAUCUUGGGACGCCGUUCACGGUGCUUUUUGGACCUUGAUCUCUGGAAAACUCCUAAACCGUAAGACUUGGAGACAAAAAGAAUUUUUCAUUCCCGUAACUCAUUGUGCCAAACAUUUAUGGAAAGUUUCGUCAAGAUCGGAUGUAUGGUGUCGGAGAUAAUUUCUGAGGGGGGGGAGGGGGGCCUUAACAAAUUAUAAGGAUUUUGCCGAGUGGCCUUCUUUCAAAAUAUUUUAUGAAAAAAAAGUGUUUUACCUCCGAUCUCACUUACUUUGGUCGAACAGUGCUACGUUACUUCUAGAUAUAUCACGCAAAAACCAACAGUGAACAGCAAGAAAAUACAUGAGUAAGUUGUGUCUGAUCAAAAUUAACGUAUACUUUAAAUCAUUUAUUCAUAGGUUGCCGACUACUUCUGUGUUUUUACAUAUUUCUGAUGUGUAAUGUUGUCAAAUCGACAUCGAUUAAAUAUUCACUUUCAACGAAUGUUUUCCUACCAGCUGAUUCAAACAUAAAUCCAUAUUAUGACCCAUUUAUUAAUGAAAUAAUAAAUAGUAAUAACAGUACACGAUUACGUCGAGCAGUUCCUGCAUCUACUACUACAAGUAGGCCUUUUCAACUUCAAUUUGGCACACGCAUAUAUUUAUUUAUGAUAACUGUUGUAGGUUCAGAAGUAACGGAUGAUCAAAUCCUUAGUCAAUCGGAAACAGAUGAAAAGUGGCAUGAGCUACUUGCACCCGGUCCUGUUGCCAUCAAUCUUCUCGGUCAACUUAUGAUUCUUUCGAGUAAACUCGAUUUUUCAUUUCGUGAUUCUGCACCUGAUCACAAAUUCGUAUAUAUCAAAUAUCCACAAUCAUUUCGUGCGACAUUAGUACAAAUUUCGAAUGGUAUAUGA